AUGGCACCGCUCCCUCAAGAUAGAUGUACGAUAACUCCGGCAUUUCACGUCACUGGCAUAGACUUUGCAGGACCUUUUGAUAUUAAAAGUUCUCCACUACGCCGUUCCCCUCUCUUAAAGGGCUAUGUCAGCAUCUUUGUAUGCUUCGCCACGAAAGCCGUACAUCUGGAACCAUGCUCGGAACUUUCCACGGCGGCAUUUGAGGCCGCUUUUGCCCGUUUUCUUGGGAGACGAGGCCUACCUCGGAAGGUAGUUUCGGAUAAUGGUAGGAAUUUCGUUGGUGCCAGUCGCAAGCUGCUACGGGAAUUUAGAAGCUUCAUCCAAACAUCAGCAAGCGACAUAUCGGAAAGAUAUUCGACACAGGGCUUUGAAUGGCAGUUUAUACCACCCCACGCCCCUCAUAUGGGAGGACUCUGGGAGUCGGCUGUCAAGAGUUUCAAACACCACUUUAGAAGAGUAGCUGGGGCUCAUUUGUUCACCUUCGAACAGUUUGCCACCGUGCUUGCCCGGAUCGAGGGUGUCUUGAACUCACGUCCAAUUUCCGCUGUCUCUGAGGAUCCGAACGACCUCACAGCGUUGACUCCCGGACAUUUCUUGAAGGGCUCGCCGAUCAUGGCAUUUCCCGAGCCUACUCCUCAGGACGUCUCCCUACUAAAUAGAUGGUUGAAACUCAAGGCUAUCCAUCACCAAUUUGCCAUACGAUGGAAGGAGGAUUACCUCAAAGCUCUUCAAAAACGCUAUAAAUGGAGAACCACAUCACCAAAUAUGAAAAUCGGCGAUCUGGUGGUCGUCAUAGACGAUUUGUUGCCGCCUAGUGACUGGCGCUUGGGGAGAGUAGUUAAGACGCAUGCGGGGUCCGACAAAAACACGCGAAUUGCAGAUGUGAAGAUUGCAUCAGGAGUCAUUACUCGACCGAUAGUAAAAUUGUGUCUCCUUCCCUUAUUGGACCAACCCCAAUAG